UUUAUUGUAGCCUGAAAAAAUGAGCGGUUAUACUCCCCGCCUUUAGGUGGCGCUGUGAAGCUAGCAGCUAGCUGUUGACCCGGUCUAAAGUCACUGACUGAGCCGCUUAAUAACUAUUACUUACUUCUUAUUACACAUUUAAUGUUUUCAACAAAGGGUUUAUAUCAAUGUUUGACUGUUUAGUGUGACGUGGAGUCAUGAGAAUCUGUUUAACGACGAUAUAUUUUGGUUUAAAUGCAGCUCCAAUAUUGGCUGGUCUAUUAGCUGAAGCAAAUUAAAUGUUCGGGAUUUGAACCUUUAACCGAGCUGUUCCUGGUUAUGACCGUGUGGAUGCUGAGGCUGCACAUUAACUGAGGAUCACCUGUUUCUCCAUCAUAGACCAGGUGCAGGGCGAUGAUGAGGAUCUCUCAGCUCUUCAUCUUGUCCUCCAAAGGAGACCACCUGAUCUACAAAGACUACCGCGGAGAGGCAGGAAGUGAUGUCGUCAACGUUUUCUAUGAGAAGGUCACGGCGCUGACGGGCGACCAGCCCCCGGUUGUCAUGAGCCACAGAGAUCUGCACUUUGUCCACGUCAGGCAGGGAGGACUCUACUGGGUCGCCACGACGACGGAGGACUCGUCUCCGUUCGCCAUCAUCGAGUUCCUGAACAGGCUGAGCGCGCUGGUCAGAGAUUACUGCGGCAGCCUGUCGGAGAAGGCCGUCCAGAUGAACUUCGCUCUGAUCUACGAGCUGCUGGACGAGGUGCUGGACUACGGAUACAUCCAGACCACGUCCUCAGACGUCCUGAAGAACUUCAUCCAGACAGAAGCCGUGUCCUCCAGACCGUUCAGCCUGUUUGACCUCAGCAACGUGGGGCUGUUUGGAGCAGAAACUCAGCAGAGCAAAGUCGCUCCGAGUUCUGCAGCCACCAGACCCAUCCAGUCCAGCAGAGACCAGGGGGGGAAGAGCGAGAUAUUUGUGGACGUGAUUGAGAGGAUGUCGGUCGUCAUCGGGUCCAACGGAGUUCUGCUGAAGGCCGACAUUGAAGGAGAGAUCCGAGUCAAGUGCUACAUGCCGAGCUGCUCAGAAGUGAGGAUGGGUCUGAACGAGGAGCUCAGCGUGGGGAGGUCCCAGCUCCGAGGCUACGGCGCCGCCGUCCGGCUCCACGAGUGCAGCUUCCAUCAGGCGGUCCAGCUGCACGAGUUCCACAGCCACCGCAUCCUGCGGCUGUGUCCCAGCCAGGGAGAGCAAACGGUGAUGCAGUACCAGCUGAGCGACGACCUGCCCUCAGCGCCUCCCUUCCGCCUCUUCCCCACCAUCGAGAGGGACUCUGCAGGAAGGCUGCUGAUGUACAUGAAGCUGCGCUGUGACCUGCCACCAAAGAGCGCCGCCGUCAGCGUCAGCGCCUCCAUCCCGGUUCCUAGAGGCUCGGUCAGUCUGUCGCAGGAGCUCAGCAGUCCGGAUCAGAACGCCGAGCUGAUUCUGCAGAACCGAGCCGUGGUCUGGAGGAUCCCUCGGUUCUCCGGAGGAACCCAGCUCUCCGCCCUCUUCAAGGUGGAGGUACCGGGUCUGAGCUCGGCCUCCCUGCUGGAGGUGGGUCCGGUCGGGCUGAGCUUCGAGCUUCCCAAGCUGACCGCCACGGGCCUGCAGGUCCGCUUCCUGCGCCUGUCGCCCGUCCAGCCCGGCCCGGCGCAGCGCUGGGUCCGAUACCUCACCCACUCCGACUCCUACAUCAUCCGGGUCUGAACCAGAACCAGCAGAACCGGCCGGAGCCGUCCGGAACCGUCGGGCCGACCGCUGAUUUGAUCUCAUGUUUCUCUGUGUAAAUAAAGUCCAGUUGAACCCA